AAAAUAUUAAUAAAUCGAUUUCUUAAUGUCAAUAGUUCAUAACCAGGGCUCGUAAGUUCAUGCAUUUGCAUGUUUUUCUUGCAACACAGGAAAACAUGCUAACUGAGAUAGAAAUACGUUUCACAAGAAUAGUAAUAAAAAUAAAGAAUUUAAUAGUGCAUGUUUUUGCAUGAUUUGAGUGUAAUGGCAUGUUUGGCAUAUAGUAGAAUUUUUCGAGUUCUUAGCGCAUAUUAUUUCAUAAAAAAUAAAUAUAUUAUUAGUAAUAAUAUAUUUGAAUCCUUUUUUAUUUCUUAUUUUACUAUCCCAUUUACAAAAUUUAGUAUUUGUUUCAAUUUAUUUACAUUCUCGUACGUCUAUAUAGGUUUUAUAGGUGUUAGUGGUUUUACGCAGUACCACGGAAACAAUGUUAUCGUUACCGCCAUCUUCCGCCAUACAACGCGCUUAUGAAAAUCUAUCAAUUUAUAUUUGUCCAUUAUCGCAACGAAACCUGUAGAGGCAUUUACACGCGUGCAAUGCUUGUCACCGGCGUCUAUAAUUUAAUUAUAGAAUUUGUUAAAUACCCACACCAUUACAUAACUAUUUGAUAACAGCUGGUAUAAUAAUACUAUAGUAUAGUCUUAAAUGUACCUAGUUUUCUUGCGCUUGCCGUUGAGUCGUUUACGUUCGUCCGUCCGUCCGUUACUAUUUUAUUAAUAUUUUAAAAUGCCUAAAGAAAAACAAACUGUUGCAAGUCGUUUGAAACGUUUUGUAUCGGAAUUUGGUGCAGAUAUUUUUUCAACCGAUAACAAAGUGUUGAUCUGUAAAAUAUGUGAAGUUAAAGUAUCUAGUGGAAAACGUUUUAGUAUUUCACAACACAUCGCUUCAGAUAAGCAUGUACGCGGUGUUCAACGUUACCAAAGAAAAGAAAGAAAUACAAAAAUACAGUUUUUCAAACCUUCCAUAUCAAAAAAGAGUGAAUAUAACAUCGAUUUAUGCAAAGCGAUGUUAGGUGCCAACAUUCCUUUGAACAAACUUUCCAAUCCAGAAUUUAGAUGUUUUCUUGAAAAAUAUACUGGAAAAGAUACCCCUGCAGAAUCCACCCUACGAUUAGGUUAUGUUGACCAAUGUUACAGUGAUACAGUGAACGAAAUUAAAAAAAAAGUAAACGGUAAAAAAAUAUGGAUAUCGUUAGACGAGACCACAGACAUUGAAGGGAGGUAUAUAGUCAGCACAAUAAUUGGAACACUCUUAUAUGAUUCUCCUAGUGAAAUAUUUCUAUUAAAUAUUGAUGAACUUGAAAAAGCAAAUCAUAGUACAAUUUGUAAAGCAUUUGACAAAUCUUUGUUGUUACUAUGGCCAGACGGAANUUCAUAA